AUGACCAGCUCGAACCUCGCCAUCACGCCCUCUUUGCUUUGCCCCUCCGGUCAUUCACUUGCGUCCAAGAAGACCGAGACCGAGACCGAGCUCGGGGCCGCAAUCAAAAUCGUAAUCGUCUAUGUGAUUGUCUCGCACUCCGAUUCCGACUCCGAUGGUAACUCCGCUCCAUACAACGUGAAGUGGGCGCGUCCGAUCCGCACCUCUCCCGUCGUCGACGACUGCCUAUCGAGCCCGGCGCCGUACGUACCCGCCUGCGAGCUGCUGCGCCCCAUCACAGUAUCCGCCCACCAAUUGCCUGCUAAAGUCUCAUUCUCGUCGUGGAGGGCCUCUCGGGCUCACCCGAGUACUUAUCUUGGUCACCGCAAUCUCUAG